AUGGACUUAUCACUGAAUGUACCUACAUAGGCAUCGAGUAAUUUUCGUCUAGGAUCAGCAAGAUUCUAGCCUGACACUGAUCGCGAUAAUAAAGAUGAACUUUUGGAUUUACAGAAACAAGGCUAGAAGAAAUCAGUUUUAGAUAAGCUAUUAAAGCAUUCUGGACCGAUAUAAACCUAACCUUAUAAAAAGCUAGGUGAAGAAAAAGAAUUGAAAAAACAUGAUGCAUUUAAUUAAGAAAAAGUAGAAACAAGUGAUAAACCUAGGAGUGAAGAGAGUACAAAGUGGAUCAAAAAGUACUUAAUUGUCAAAAUAAAGAAUGCUGAUUCCAAGUAUUUCAAAUUAAAAGGUGAAGUGAUAGAGGUAAUAAACAAAGAAAAAAUCAGGGUCAAGAUUCAAAAUGACUAAAAAGAUGUUGAAAUAUUUAAAGAAUAGGAUCUUGGAAAAGUAUUGCCUGGUGAGGGAGGAAUAGAAUGA